AUGGAAAAAUUAGCAUAUUCAUUUUAUACAUCGACUCAACUGAACUUUCCUGUACAUAUAAAAAUUGGAACAAUCAAAGGCAAUAUAUCAACAGUAUUUAAUAAUUUGGAUUAUUUUAAAAAAGAAAAUAAUGACAUUGAAAAAUUUUUUCCACAUCUUUAUGUUACUGUUCAGCUUUUUGCAAAUAAUAAGGCAUUAACAUUACCAAGUAGAACACGCUAUAAGAGUUUUGAUUAUAAAAGAACGUAUGUAUUAAAAUUGCUUUCUUUAAAAUGGAAUGAAUGGCUUUCAUUUCCAUUGAAUUAUUCAGAUCUUCCUCUCAAUGCACAAUUUGCAAUUGUAGUUAGUGACAUUUAUGGAUCCAAAUUAAAUAAACCUUUUGCUGGUACAACAGUAAAAUUAUUUUCUUCUAACAAUACAUUAAAAAUGGGUCUUCAAAAACUUAAUUUAUAUAUUGGUGUUCCUGCAGAUGGAAAUAAUAAUUCAACUACACCUAGUGAUCUUUUUUCUCAAAAUGAAAUGAAUCAUUUAGAAAUGUUAGUUAAUGAAUAUACAAUAGGAAAUAUACCAAAAGUUGAUUGGCUGGAUAAUCUUGUUUUUCAUCAAAUUGAAAAAAUAUAUCAAAAACGAUUUGAUCAGUCAGAAUCUUUAGUUCUUUAUGUUGAUUUUCCACAAUUUGAUUUUCCCGUUAUAUUUUCAGAAUAUCAAUAUCCUGCUUUUACUUUUCCAUCUAAUGAGAAUCUUUUAACUUCUCAUAUAGUUCUUACUCCUCAAGAUCCUGAGUUGUUAAAGGAAAAUCCUGUUGAAGCUAAAUAUAGAUGUUUAAUAAGAUCAUAUAGAAAUGGACCACUAGAUAAAGAACUGAAGCCUAAUGCUAAUAUAAGAGAUCAACUUAAUAUAAUUAUGGAAUUUCCUCCAACUCAAAUAUUAACUUCUGAAGAAAAGAAUUUAAUUUGGAAGUUUAGAUAUUAUCUUACUCGUGAUAAAAGGGCUUUAGCAAAAUUUCUUAAAGCUGUUAUAUGGACAAAUAUUAUUGAGGCAAAGCAAGCACAUGAUCUUCUUGGAUUAUGGACAGAAAUUGAUAUUGAUGAUGCAUUGGAAUUGCUUGGUCCUGAAUUUAAAGAUAAUAUUGUUAGAGGUUAUGCUGUAAAUCGAUUAAAAAAAGCAGACGAUAAUGAUCUGAUUUUAUAUCUUUUACAACUAGUUCAAGCUCUUCGAUUUGAAAGUUCAGCAUCAGAAGCAUUAAAAACAAAUAAUCAUUCUUCAUCUCUUGCUAAUUUUCUGAUUGAACGUGCUAUUAAAAAUGAAAUAUUAGGGAUUAAUUUUUACUGGUAUCUGAUGGUUGAAUCUGAAGACAAAACAGCUGGUAAAUUGUUCUCUGAAAUUGCUAAUCAAUUUAUGACUGGUUUGAUGGAGGUACCUAAUGGAUUAAUACGGAAAAAUACUUUAAAACGACAAGCUGAGUUGUUGGCUUCAAUAUUAUUUAUAUCUAAAGAAGUUCGUUCUAUGAAAGAAUCGCGACCUAAAAAGAUUGAACAUCUUCGAUACUAUCUUUCUAACACGGAUAACUGUUUAAUUAAGUUUGAGCCGCUUCCAUUACCAUUAGAUCCUACUGUUUCUGUCGUAGGAAUAAUUUCAACUGAGUCUACUGUAUUUAAAAGUAGUCUUUUACCUCUUUUAAUAUGUUUUAAAACAACAACUGGGGCAUCAUAUUCUAUUAUUUUUAAGAGUGGAGACGAUUUACGGCAAGACCAAUUAGUAAUACAAAUGGUGUCUCUUAUGGAUAAACUUUUGCGUAAUGAAAAUCUUGAUCUUAAACUAACUCCAUAUAAAAUUCUUGCUACUGGUACAGAUCAUGGAGCAGUGCAAUUUAUACAAAGUAUAAGUUUAAUGAGUUGUUUGGCUGAAUAUCAUGGAAGUAUUCUUGCAUAUUUCAGAUCCAAUAAUCCUGAUAAGUCUUCUGAAUUAGGUGUUAAAGCAGAAGUAAUGGAUACUUAUGUGAAAAGUUGUGCAGGUUAUUGUGUAAUAACAUAUUUACUUGGCGUUGGAGAUAGACAUCUUGAUAAUUUACUUUUAUGCCCCGAUGGUCGUUUUUUCCAUGCUGAUUUUGGUUUUAUUCUUGGAAGAGAUCCUAAGCCGUUUUCACCAGCAAUGAAACUUUGCAAAGAAAUGGUAGAAGGAAUGGGAGGAGCAUCUUCCUUAUAUUAUUCUCGAUUUAAAUCUUAUUGUUAUACUGCAUUUAUCACAUUACGCAAGUCUGCAAAUCUUAUUAUGAAUUUAUUUUCAUUAAUGGUACAAUCUAAUAUUUCUGAUAUUAAAAUUGAACCAGAUAAAGCUGUUAAAGAGAGAUUUUGUUUAGAAAUGACAGAUGAAGAAGCAAUAAAAUAUUUUCAACAACUUAUAAAUGAUUCAAUUUCAGCGUUAUUUCCUGUUCUUAUAGAUAGAGUUCAUAAUAUCGCUCAAUAUUGGAGAAGCUAA